AGGUCGCCCACGCUGGAUGGUGCUUCCUUCUGGAAGUACUGGUGGGCUUCCUUGCCUUCCUGUUGCCUUGAAACCAGUAGCUGAAGGUGGAAAGGAAGCAGCACUCUGGGUCAGCAUGACGCUAGGAGCGUGUCCCCUCUUUCACGACAUCACAAUUUAUUGCAUGCAGGUACGUGCAUCCUGGUGACUCUUUUUGGCAACACAGUCACGGACAAACAAAGGCACUGUCUUCAAUGGGCUGUGCUUGUGCGUGUGUGGGGGGGUGUUAGAGACAAACAAAUAAAUGUCUAACAGGUGACAGCGAAGCUGUGACAAAAAUGUCAAGGCAAGAAGCGAGUCGGAGAGUGAUGGGGUUGCGUUUUCAGACGGGAGCUCAGAAGGGGCUAAAGUGGCCUUCCGCAGAGAAUUGAAGGAAGUGUAGGAGGAAGCCGCACAGGCAGAGAAACAAAGGCAGUAAGAACAAAGGCCCUGCGCGUCACUUCACGCUGUUUCCUUCCAUCUUUAGACCAGCCCUGCAAACGUGCGUAUCGUGUCUCCCAGGCGAAGAUGUGAAAAGAGAGACUCAGCAAGAAAAAGCGACUUGCCCAAACUAGAGCUGGUCCCCGCUGGCCCCAGAGUCAAACUCCGAUCCUCUGAUCUCGGAGGCGGUGCUGGGAACCAGGGCCGUGUGCAACGGGCAGUGUGAGAUGUUGCCGGAGGAGCAGAGAAGUGGGCACGCGGUUCCAGCUGAAACAACACUUCCUCUAGGAAGCAUUCGCUGAUUCCUCCAGACUUGGGGGAGCUUCCCUGCUAUUUCCUCCCAUAACGUCUGCAUCCUUAUCCAGCACUUUAAAUUUUGUACUGAAAUUGUCUGUUUUCUGGAGCUCCUCACAGGCUAUACAUUCUUCGGGGGCAGGGCCAGUGUCUUGACUUUGCUUUCCUCUUCUGAAAUGAAAGAUGUCUCAGUGUGCCAUCCUCACUGGUUCUCCUUGAGCUGUCGUUGUCCAUGAGGUUAUGAGCGUCCUGACUCUCACUUCCAACUAUGCAGCCAUAUGCCCCAAACUGGACCCACGUAACAGAGUUUGUCAUGGUGGGCUUUGCUGGGGUGCAUGAAGCACGCCCCCUCUUCUUUACACUCUUCCUCACCAUGUACCUAUUCACCCUGGUGGAGAACUUGGCCAUCAUCGUGGUGGUGGCUUUAGACUACCGGCUACGUAGACCCAUGUAUUUCUUCCUGACGCACUUGUCCUGCCUUGAAAUCUGGUACACUUCGGUGACAGUGCCCAAGAUGCUGGCUGGUUUUAUUGGGGUAGGUGGGGGCAAGAACAUCUCCUAUGCUGGCUGCCUGUCCCAGCUCUUCAUCUUUACCUUCCUGGGGGCAACGGAGUGUUUCCUACUGGCUGCCAUGGCCUAUGACCGCUAUGUGGCCAUUUGUAUGCCUCUCCGAUAUGCGGCCUUGGUGUCGUGGGGCGCCUGCGUCCGUCUGGCCGCUGCUUGUUGGCUGGCGGGCCUCCUCACACCUGUUUUGCCUAUCUACCUCAUGUCCCAGCUGACGUUUUGUGGCCCCAACGUCAUCGACCACUUCUUCUGUGAUGCCUCACCGCUGCUAGCCUUGUCCUGCUCAGAUGUCUCCCUGAAGGAGACCACAGACUUCCUCGUUUCUCUGGCGGUGCUCCUGGUCUCCUCUACGGUUAUUUCUGUGUCUUAUGGCAACAUCGUCUGGACAUUGCUGCACAUCCAUUCAGCUGCUGAGCGCAGGAAGGCCUUCUCCACUUGUGCAGCUCACCUGACAGUGGUGAGCCUCUUCUAUGGCACUCUUUUUUUCAUGUAUGUCCGCACCAAAGUGGCCUCCUCCGUCAACUUCAACAAGGUGGUGUCUGUCUUCUACUCCAUUGUCACGCCAAUGCUCAACCCCCUCAUCUAUAGUCUUCGGAACAGGGAGGUGAAGGGAGCUCUGGGCCGAGCCUUGUCCCUCAGGUCUUGGAAAGGUCAGCAAAGAGGAAGGUGAAGACCUAAUUUUCUUGCCUUGGCUCUUCAGAAGGAGGGUGGUGAGGACGAGGGGACAGAGCAGUGACCUGGGUGGUCAGGAGUUAUGGAUUAUAUAUCAGUUAAAGUAAACUGUUAAUCUGGUGUAACGAGAGACACCUAGCUAUAAAGGGGCUUAAAGAAGGAAAGAGAUUUGUUCUUUCCUGCAAGAGUCCAAGGUGAGUGCUUCAGGUUGGCUCUGCUCAACAGGCAAUGAUGGAAGUUCCCUCAUUCCAUAGUGUCAACAUCCCUUAGGAUGUUGGCAAACUAAGUGCUGUGGGCCAAAUUCAGCUUGACACUUGUUUUUAAUGAGCUGUAAGCUAAGAAUGGUUUUUAGACUUUUAAGUGGUUGUAAAAAAAUCAAAAGUAAAAUAAUAUUUCAUGACA